UAUUAUUAUUAUUAGACUCGUUGAUAUGUUGUGUGGCUUGUGUGUGCUGACUUCACAUCGCUGUAAGGAUGACGCUCCCUCUGCUGUCCUCCUGUUAUCUUCUUCUCUACUCAGAUAUUUGAGAAUCAUGAUGCAGCUGUAGCGAGUCAAAAUCAGCCUGCUCAGCAAACCCGGUUACCUGUAAGCGGUGUACAAAGUCAAAGUCUUGACGGUGGCCGACACGAGUAAAGCGGCUGGAUAGAAAAGGUGCUGUGAUGGUGGAGAACAGACCCAUCAUGAAGGGACGGGUAACGGUGUACUCGGUGCCAGGCUGUCCACACUGCAUACAGGCCAAAGCUACUCUGCGUACAUUAGGUGUGCCUGUGUGUGAUGUAGAUUUGAACAAACAUAGAGAAAUAAGAGCGCGAGUGAAGGAGCUCACAGGUCACAGUACCGUCCCCCAGAUAUUCUUCAAUAACCUUUAUGUUGGAAACAACGAGGACCUCCAGAACCUGAAUCCUGAGCAGCUGAAACGUCUUGUCCUAAAGUUACGAGAGGAACCUGUGCCGCUGGACACUCCACCUGUGCCUGUGGAAAAUGGCACUGAGGUUGAUGGAGCAGCAUGGGAGCUUUCGGAGGCACUGAGGAAUCUGAUCCUGAAACUCUACUCUGAUCACCUCUCUGAAGAUGGCAAGACAGUUGAUUACAAGGCCAUGUCCCGGAGCCCGUACUUUGAGCGGUACUGUGAUCUAGCUGUCCAGCUUCAGCGCGUGGAGCUGCUGUCCUUGAGCCGUGAAGAGAAACUGGCCUUCUUUAUCAACGUCUACAACGCCCUCGUCAUCCACGGGAACCUGCGUCUGGGCUUUCCCAAAAACAUAUGGCAAAGGUAUCGGUUCUUCAACUAUGUGAGCUACCUCAUUGGUGGUGAGGUGUUUACACUGCAGGAUAUUGAAAAUGGAGUGCUUCGAGGAAAUCGAAAAGGAGUGGCACAAAUCCUGAAGCCCUUUUCCAGGAAUGACCCUCGACUGCAGGUGGCGCUUCCUGAAGUUGAGCCUCUCAUUCAUUUUGCACUGAACUGUGGUGCAAAGGGCUGCCCUCCAAUUAAGACAUACACAGCACAGGACAUUGAUGGUCAGUUGCGUGCUGCAGCAGAAGCGUUCUUGGAGAACGACGACAGCUGCGUGAUUGACAGCGUGGGACGGGAAGUGAAACUCAGCCAGAUCUUUAAGUGGUACAAGGAAGACUUUGGAGGCACGGAUGAGAAGCUGCUGAACUGGGUGUUUGAUCAUAUGGGAGCAUCAGAGAAGAAGAAGAAUCUACAGUCUCUGCUGUCAGCAGGAAAGGUCAAAGUGAGCUAUCUGCCCUAUGACUGGUCUAUAAACAGCACAGACUGAACUAAACCACAUUCUCAUGCACAUGAUCACUCUGUCACUGACUCAUUGUGGGCACUGCGUUUCUAUUGAACACAUGCAGCGGAGACGAGCGAUUCAGAAAAAAACUGUACCCUGAAAUGACAACUAUGCAUUAAGAUCCCUUUACCUUGUUCCUUCACCUCCCAAAGGGCAAUGUGUUACUGUAGCGAAUAUUUAUAACAAAAUUUUGUACCUAUAAUUUUCCAAAUUGUAUUGCAGCAUUUUGCACUGAUUAUUAUGCAGUUACAUGUUUUAUAUAUUCUCCUACAAGGAUGUAUUUUUAAACAAAUAUAAUUUAAUUUAAUUUAUCUCUAUUAUCAUAUGAAUUGCAUCUAUGUACAUUUUUUAUUUUUAUUUAGAGUUUCUAGCAAUACUAUGAAAAGUAAAAAAGAUCUCAUGAAUCAUAAUGAAACAGAAGAACUUUGCACAGACUGAGAAAUGGUGCACAUUGCUUAUAAUAUAAAUUUUUUUUACUAAAUGACCUCAAGGAUCAAUAUUUAAUCAUUUUUAUAAACGUGCAUCAAUUUAACAAUACACAGUAAAAAACAGCAAUAUUUACCUACAUCAAUUUUUAUGAAAAACAUUUCAAUAUAUGAAAGAUUUGCACGGAUACUUUUAGAAAUGUUUCCUCUCUAAAUUCAUAUAUAUAUAUAUAUAUAUAAUAUAUGGGGGACAAAAAAUAUGUCUAUUCACAAUUUCACCCAGAAAAAAACAUAUUUUCUUUUCUUUCUUUGAAACAAAAGGGAAAGUGAAUGGCAAUUUAAUUUAUACUACACCACAAAGGGAAAAAACAUCAUAUAAGUGUUCAAUAUGAAUUGUAAGCUAUAUUCUAAGUCUUCAAAAAGCCAUAUGAUAUUUGUAUGAUGAUUAGAUCAAAAUUAUUUACUGGUAUUUUUAAUUUAUUGCACAUUGAGUGCUGUUCACUGUUUUAUAUCGACAUGUUUCUUCUUGAAAGACCUGAAGGGAAAUGCAUAGGAUAUGGUCGAUUUUGAGGCAUGGAUUAGUUUUUGGAUCUUUCAUGCUGUGUGUUGUACUUUUGACUCUGUCUGAAUGAUGGAUGUCUUCAGCAGAGCCGCACACAUAUCAGUUUAUCAGAAUGAUACCAGCCAGUAGCAUUGAGUACUUUUUCUAAUGCAUGAUGUGUUAUUUGAUCAAUUAUUGAAAGGGCAUCAGGGCUGAUGGAAUCUCAUAACUGGUUUCUCAUAAACAGGGCCUGUUUCGUAUGAGAAAUGUCUGAUUUGAUCAAGGGUUAACAAGAAUUCCCAUAAUAUUUUUAUAGAAAAUGAGAUUCAGACUGAAAUUUUCUGAAAAUCGAUUUCCCAUCUGUCUUGCUUAAGGCAGUGAGAGUCCUCCUGAAGUUGGAGGCCUUUUUUGAGUCUAUGAGCAACAUGGAAAAAUGCCAUUUUAAUAGAUGUUGAAUUACUGUGAUGCACUAUAAGCAUGUGAUUUAUCCUUUACUGCAUGUGAUACUAUAGAAUAGUAUUGCAAGGGCUGAUACUAUCAGAUGCACGAGUAAAAUGAGGUUCAGCCAGUGCCUUUUCACCUCUGCAUGAGACUGAUAUACUCAUAUUACUCCACUUGACUGCACAUCCCAUUGCUUCAGGAAAUCAGUUCAUUUGAAACUUUCAUCUGCAAGCAGAGAUUGGUGAAUCAUAGCUCAGCCCUGAAAAAGUCCCAGAGUUACCUCAUCUUAUCUCUUUCACUGUAAGGAAGGAUAUCAGUGCAAUGCAAUUACCCUGAAGAAAAUCAAGAUUAGACUCAUUCAUAUGCAUGGAAAUGACUUAUAUAUUUGAAUCUAGAGCAAUACUGCAAUACUGUCUUUUAUAAAAAAAAAAUUACAAUGAUAAAAUAAAGUAUAUUCAAUAGACA